UGUUGUGGGUCCACUUCGUCUGGGCCUCCCCCCGUUUCUUCGCCCUUCCUCCUCUCUACUACUCUCCAUCUCCUGUUCUGCCUCUGCCCUACGAGAACAUGUCCGUUGCGCAUCGAAAGACACCGCGAAUCCGCCGAGGCGCUUAACAAAAUACCACGGAAGAUGCGCUUUUGAUCGCCAGCAACCAUGAGUGGAAUGAGUAGCCCCGACAACCGUUUUAUGGGAGUCUACGACUCGAAUACCCUUGCCGUUGUCAUCUGUUCUGCGCUGGCCCUUUACAAUGCUCUGGAACUCGAGUUGCUCGUCUUCACCACUUUCCAUGCCUAUCGAGGCCUCUACUUCUGGUCUCUGGUCCUCGCCGGCUUCGGCAUCAUUCCCUAUGUGCUAGGAUUCUUGAUUGAGUACUUUCGCUUGAGCUACCUCGCUCUUGGGAUUGCCAUCGACACUGUUGGUUGGAGUCUUAUGGUCACCGGUCAAUCCGUCGUCUUGUAUAGUCGAUUGUGGCUUGUAUUUGGUGGGGGACACAGGAGGCUCCUCCGAGGCAUCAAAUGGAUGAUCAUCAUCAACGGCAUCGUCUUCCACGGCACCACUGCUAUUGUCGUGUACGGCUCCCACUUCGGCCACAACACUUACACGUUCGGCGCCGCGUACAAUGUUGUCGAAAGGAUCCAGAUGUGUGGAUUCUGCGUACAAGAGUUUAUUCUCAGCGGCCUGUACAUCUGGAAGGCCCUCGAUAUCAUUAGCUCCGCGGAACGGAAGCGCUCCCAUCACCUCAUGUGGCAGCUGUUCUCCAUCAACGUCAUCAUAAUCGUACUGGACAUCGCCCUCCUCACAAUCGAAUUCAUGAGCUACCACGUACUACAACAAACAGUGAAGGGUCUCACGUACAGUGUCAAGCUGAAGCUUGAGCUGGCCAUUCUCAACAAGCUCGUUGAGCUCUCCUCGGCCAACGUUCGUGCGAGUACCCUGACGUUCGGGAAUACAAACGAUUUCCUGGAUCCCACCAAGACCGUGUGGGACAUCACGCGCUUUACACCCGCUUUCUCAAGCAGCCUCCACACCUACCCGAAGUGGAUGUCGGAUCUCGAGAAAUCCGGUAUCCAGCGCAUCGAGAGCGCAUAUUCGCCGACGGAGAGCACUUGGCUCCGAGCCAAGCGCAGCAGUCCCCUUGCCGCCGAUGCCAACGAGUAUUUCCCCGACAUAAUACAACCAGUAUCGACCAUGCCAGAUCCGAGGCUCGACACUCGAGAGAAGGGCUCAGCGACGGACUUGCUAUAUGCAGAUGCAGUGCGGCGGAUAGCAAGCCCCGGAUGAAGGACAAUCGCAACGGAAUGAACACGUUCGUUACGGCAAAAUGAUGCCGACGCACCCAACAUCUGCGGGAAUGAAGCCCGUAGGUCUUAACGAGGAAAUGCUGGACCGCUUACAGACGAGGGAAUGAGGAGAGGUAUGCGAAGCCGUCGGCAACCAUCAUCGCAUCGCACGCUCGUUUUGUCUCAGGAGAUUUGGAGUUUUAAUCCACCAGCCGCUCAACGCUUCAAGCAGUUCUGCCGCCUUGGCCACAGGACUAUACCGUCUACGCCAUUCCCACUUGCGCUUCACCCUGGACUUUAGAGUUGGUCGUCAUCGUCAAUAUGCGCGCGUAAACAGCGAUGCAGAAGACAGCCGAAGGCGAGUUCAGGC